CAAGGGUGAAUCAUGGAGCUGCGUGUGGGGAAUAAGUAUCGUCUGGGCCGCAAGAUCGGCAGUGGGUCCUUUGGAGACAUCUACUUGGGUGCCAACAUUGCCUCUGGUGAGGAAGUAGCCAUCAAGCUUGAAUGUGUGAAAACGAAGCACCCCCAGCUCCACAUCGAGAGCAAGUUCUACAAGAUGAUGCAGGGGGGAGUGGGAAUCCCAUCCAUCAAGUGGUGUGGGGCCGAGGGCGACUACAAUGUGAUGGUCAUGGAGCUUCUAGGGCCCAGCCUCGAGGACCUCUUCAACUUCUGUUCCCGCAAGUUUAGCCUCAAGACGGUGCUGCUACUGGCCGACCAGAUGAUCAGCCGCAUUGAGUACAUCCACUCCAAGAACUUCAUCCACCGGGACGUGAAGCCUGACAAUUUCCUCAUGGGCUUGGGGAAGAAAGGCAACCUGGUCUACAUCAUCGACUUUGGCCUGGCCAAGAAGUACCGAGACGCCCGCACCCACCAGCACAUUCCCUACCGGGAAAACAAGAACCUGACUGGCACUGCCCGCUAUGCCUCCAUCAACACCCACCUGGGCAUUGAGCAAAGCCGUCGAGACGACCUGGAGAGCCUGGGCUACGUGCUCAUGUACUUCAACCUGGGUUCCCUGCCCUGGCAGGGCCUCAAAGCAGCCACCAAGCGUCAGAAGUACGAGCGGAUCAGUGAGAAGAAGAUGUCGACACCCAUCGAGGUCCUCUGCAAAGGCUAUCCCUCUGAGUUCUCAACAUACCUCAAUUUCUGCCGCUCCCUGCGGUUCGAUGACAAGCCCGACUACUCCUACCUGCGCCAGCUCUUCCGCAACCUCUUCCACCGGCAGGGUUUCUCCUACGACUACGUCUUUGACUGGAACAUGCUCAAAUUCGGGGCUUCCUCGAGCCAGGCUCAGCCCCGAGACAAGGAAGCUAUUGCAUCACCCUGCCCCCGCCCCUGGCCCUGCGCCAGGCCCACGUACUCACCCACGUACUGGUGCCCGGCGCCCCUGGGCACCCAAAGACUCCCAGAUAGGCCUGUGGAGGAGGUGGAGCAACCGCCCCCCCAAAACUAUUGGCCUAUGAUGUGGACUCCAGGGCCCCAGUUCUGACACCACCAGGUGUGCCUGGGCCCAUCGGGGUCAAACCUGAGGAAGCAUCCCUUGGGAUGGCGGGUAUGGCACCCUGUUCCUGAGAGAGGGUGUUCAGUGGAGAGGGUGUGGUGAAAAAAAGGCCCUACAUGGGAUUCUCAGGAAUGAACCAGCUGCCAGAAGGCCAGAAUAAGCCUGAAGAAGGGAUCGUGGUGCUGCCUGGGAGGGGCAUGAUGACACUAACACAAGUCCUGGCUCCAUCUAGAUCUCAUUUGCCAUCUCUGUAUUGAAUCUGAACUCAUUAAACACCUCCCACACUUCAUACCUGUGUGCCUCUUUUUAGAGUGGCCAAGAAUGAAUCUAAUGCCAAGAUUACACAUUGAUCUUGGGCUCUUCUCUCCCAGUUUGGGUCUGUUCUGUAAGGAAAGGGGACAAAGGUCAAGCAGAAAAUGGGAGCCUCUUGGAGACCUUGAGGACAAACCUGUGGCUUUCCUCUCUGAGGAAGGGGGCAGGAGGUGGGCAGUGGGGCACCUUCCAGCUCAGAGCAUGGUCAAGGACAUAAACAUGGGUCUAGCUCUUCCUCACCAUAGGGUUUUCAAGGCCUUGGGCACCAGAUGCUUCCUACAGAAAGCCACCUCUGAGUUCAGUUAUAGGAUGAGCUUGACCCUUCUACUCAGUAAAGCUCCAAGAAUGGAUUUUGCAGUCUAAACCUUAACUGUACUGACCAUGUGCUGCUAAGUUUUCAUUAGCUAAAACUAAGGGGAAUGGAAACUGUAGUUCCUCAGUCACAUCCGCCACAUUUCAAGUUGUCACGAGCCACAAGUGGCUGGCUAGUGGCUGCCACAUCCAGCAUGGCAAAUGGGAACAUUUGAUAUCCCAGAAAGUUCUGUGGACAGCUGUCCCUCAUGGGACUGGCCAGCCGUCAAGAUCUCAAGCUAAGCCAGGUGCACCCUCCCUGCCCCGUUGCUGGUUCUCUAAUACCCUCCCUGGUGUCCUCUUGGAAAUAGACUCUGGAGUCCAAAGCUGGACAGCCUUUGCCUCCACUGUGUGUGACCCUGUCACCGUGUGACCAUCUCCAGCAACGGGAGCCCCCACAGGAUGUGCAGUAGAGAUUUCCAUCACCCCAAAGCCAGGCCCUCCCACCUGCCCUGCAAGAAGCAAGUCGUCACUAGGACUUCCCAGCAGAUAGGACCAUGUGGGACUCCGUGAGCAAUGAACUGGAAGGAUUCUACCCUUGACCUUGGAAUGACCUCCCCAUGUUCCACAUCAGGGCACUGGAAUGAUCUCCACAUGCCUGAAACCUGGGAUACUUCUCCAAGCACACACAGCCACCAUCCAUUCUGGCCAGGAGGAAGUGUCACAUAGUCCAGGACAGACAUUCAUGACAGAACUGGAUGCUUGUUGACUGUGACAUUGACCUUUGUGCUUUCUUAUGGGCAAAUAAAGGCUGUGGAAUCU